GAUAUGGAAGCAAAAAGUAACUUGCCCUAGAUCAGUGUUUACACUCAUUUCAUUUCAUUUUCACUGAACUGAAAGCAGAGUGCACCGAAAUGGGGCUCUGGGAUUACAUUUCUUCAACAGCCAAUUCAACGAAUCAAAAUGUCAUAAAACCUAUCUGUAACUUAGGCUCCACCUCUUUCUCUUAUGCCUCUGAUGCUUUUACCAAGAUCGGCAGCGUCGCCGUUCAAACCAUAAGCCACAACUGGCACGACCAAGAUGCUCGAUUCAACAUAGGCCAAUUUGCCACCAACAUUGCAAAGAACACUGCCGUUUUGGCCUGCAGCGAAGGUCUCAAAACUUUCCCUGGUGGAGGUCCAAUUUUGGAGAUUAUCAGACGAUCUCAGCCUGAAUACAAGACAACGAAGAAUCAUAAAAAGGAAGAGAUAAUGGAAUUAAAAUCUGAAUUAGAAGUUCAGAAAGAAAAGAUCAAGGAAUUGCAAGAUUUGGCAGACAAAAUGGGGAAAGAACUCAGAAGUUUUAAAAGAGAGUUUAAUCAGGCAGAGUUGUGUGCUGAGCUGGAUAAAAUGAAGCUGAAAACUAAGCUGCUGCUGCAGCAGGAAUCAGAACUUCCAUUUCAUGUCUGUCAAGCUUUAGCAGACAAAGUGGGGAAAGAACUUAGCAGUUUUAAAGGUGAGUUUAAUCAGCCGGAGGUGCAUCACCAGCUGGAUGAAAUGAAGCUAAAAACUAAGCUGCUGCAGAAGCAGGAAUCAGAAAUUUCAUUUCAUAUCUGUCAAGCCUUGGCCGACAAAAUGGGAAAAAGCCUCAGCAGCUUUAAAAGAGAGUUUAAUCAACCAGAGGGGCAUCAUGAGCUGGAUACAAAUGAAGCUAAAAACUAGGCUGCUGUAGCUGCAGGAAUCACAUCUUCCAUUUCAUGUCUGUUUGUGCUUUAAGUAGUCUCUAAAAUCUAUCUUUGUGUUAUUACUUUGAUGUAUCAGUGAUGACAUAUUAUUAGUUAUAUGGGACCUCUUGCUCUUAGUUUCAUCUUGGCUAGUAUUACCAACAAGCACUAGACCAAUGCAUCAUUAGCAUUAUGAACUGUUUUUGUGGUGAGGUUAUGUCAGCACUGAACAAUGCUUUGUUUCAGUAUAUGCAUUUUUAUGUUUAUAA